AUGGUCAGCACUUUAUUGCUUCUUUGGUUCACAAAACCCACCUUGGCGAGCCUCUGCAAUGCAAAAAAUGAACGUUGCAGUGGGAACAAGAAUGAUCUUGUGGGCAGGCUAUUAGAUUGGCAUUUAGCGCAGAAUUUGCCAUGCACACAAAUGACACUAGAAGCAUCUACUACAGGGAAAGAAGUUCGAAAUAACCAGAGAAAGGCGGAAGAAUAUAUUUCUGCAUCUUCAGAAGUUGAUUCUGACACACUGAUGACCUACACCCGAAUUGUCUUGGUUGCGCUGUGCUCGGAGCAACACCUCAACAUUGUCAGUCAGAAGAAAAUUCUUGUCCAGCGCCUCAUCCGAUGGCGAGCUGAGAAAGACCAACACAACAAUAAUGAUCACGGAGUUCCCACAGAUUUCGAAAAUAUACACAACUCUCACAGCGAAGACCCCGCAGGACGACCAAGUGAUAUGAACGACGAUCAACUUCAUUGUGUCGUCCUGGGUAAAUCUCUUGUCACUGAGAUACAGAAAGAUAUGCUACGUACUGAAUUGCCCACAUGGUUUAGCCGGGCUCCCAAAGCUCUUGGCUCAAAAGCUCAGGACAUGGUCGACGCGUACAGCAGAUUUGCAGGCGAAGAUAGGAGAGGCACUCGCAUUCGUGAUGUCCUUCAGUGGGAAAAACCUGUGACUGCACAAGGCCAAACACAUCCAACUACUAAAGAGGUUGUCCUUGAGGAAGAAUUAUACUCUGCCCUGCUGCAGCUGAUUGACACUACCGAGAAACUUCGCUAUGUUGGCGAGGGUGACCCCAGUUCAAAACCAGAGGCUGGUCGCAUCACCAAGAUAUUUCUUCAUCAUCAGUAUUCAACGAAUGACAGUAUGAUCGAGGAGACUUUCAUAGCCCUCCAAACUCUAAUUCCAUUGUCUGACACUGAUGUCCCUUACAAUCCUUAUCGUCAGUACCCUCUUGCAGGGGGGUUUCUAUGUUACAAUGAGUAUCAUACUAAUUACCAUGUCAUUCGGCCUUCCAGUGUCAUUUGCCACUAUGCAAGGAAACCCAUGCGUGUUCAGAGAAUCCGUCAGCCCUGUGUACAUGUUCUGCCAUUAGAUCGUUUAAUGAAGUCAACUGAGCUCCCAUCGCUGGAGGUGCACGACGAACAAGUGAUCAACUCCACCCCCAACACACUGACGAACACAACUUUCCACGCAGGCACUGUCCUUGUCUUUGUGCCAAGCAUCUUGUCUGCACUGCGAGAUAGCUAUGUGGUUAGAAUUUUUGAGCUAUACAAUAAUCGGCUCCCAACAGAGUUCAGUGGUGAAGACCUCAACGUCAACCACCGCUCGAUCUACUCUGCGCUGUCUUGCCAUGUUUGUGUCACUCCCUCAAACACCCAUCACCGAGCCAUCCGAUCAGUACUUGAUAUUGACAUCCCCGAAUUCAACUCCCACAGUGCUGCCAGCUCUGACACCACCAACAAAAAUCACUGCUGCUCCGAAUUCUACUUCCAAGCCCCACAGCAUACACCAAUUUGGCUUCCUCAUCUUUGUGUCCCACCGUCUCCCACAAAACUUGGGCGCCUGCCGCCACAAGGUAGUGGUAAGAGUCAACUGGUGGAGAAAGACAACAAGGGAAAACAUGUUGUCGACGAAUGCAAAGGGGAUCCGACGCUAGAUCUUGAUGUGGACAUGCUGCCUGGUCAUGAUGCGCUGUUCCGAAAAAUUUUGAGCAGUGGCAAUAGCAUAUUUCAUGGUGACACGGUCGCAGAAUUGGCGUUAAGGGUUAUAGGGAGGAUGCAGGGAGGUGGCACCAUUCAUGAGCACUAG